AUGGUCAACAUCAAAAGUAUCGCAUGCCUCUUGGGAGUCUUCUCCCUCGGCAGCUCUGCUGUGGUAGAAACCGCCAAGGUGGGCUUGGAUGCAGCCGCUUGGAAGCUGACAGAAUUCUGCAUCGACUAUUAUACCGUCAGUUCUGGCGACACUUGCUGGGACAUCAUAUCACGCAACCAAAACAAAUUCACCAUGAGACAGCUCCUAUGCUGGAACACCGAUAUUAAUCCCUGGUGCUCCAACCUCAUUCCUGGACGGCAGGUUUGCAUUGGAGUUGAUCUUCCGGGCCCGGUUUGCUAA